AUGGACGGUAAGAAGAAAGUGGAUCCCGAGUUGACUACUGAGUCGAGCUGGAGAUCCGGUGGAGGAGAUGAGUUUUUUUUUGGAAGCGACAAGGAGACUAGUAUACUCGGUGAGUUCGGGUGGAAUAUUCCGGCAGAAUCCAGCUAUUGUUUCGGAGAUUCCGAUCGGAUAGACUCCAAUCUUGGUGGAGAUGGCAUAAGUAAUUACGUUUCAGUUUCAGCUCCUCAGAGAACUAUUACUGAACAGACGGCAGUGGAGGAGAAAGUGGAGGCAUCGGUGUCUUCGAGCUCGUCGGAGGAUCUGCCCGAGAAGUCGACGGCAUCUGGUGGCUCUUCCGCCAAACCGCCGGCGGAAACAGCGAGCAAGGCUAGAAAAAAGGGACAAAAGCGAAUUCGUCUGCCACGUUUUGCGUUUGUUACUAAAAGCGAAGUUGAUCAUCUAGAAGAUGGUUACAGAUGGCGCAAAUAUGGACAGAAAGCUGUAAAAAAUAGUCCAUUUCCAAGGAGCUAUUACCGGUGUACAAAUAGCAAAUGCACGGUUAAGAAAAGAGUCGAGCGUUCGUCAGAGGAUCCAUCUGUUGUGAUAACAACAUACGAAGGGCAGCACUGUCACCAUUCAGUUGGAUAUCCUAGAGGAUUCCAAUACCCUCGAGAAAACUCACUCCACGUUGCACAAUCCCAGCAUGUCCCUGCAGCUGCGGCCAAGAUUGGAGAAUCUCAUUCAGUACAAGAGGCAACAAGUUCACAGCCCCAAGUGGACCAAGGACUACUCGGGGAUAUUGUGCCAUCUGGAAUGCGAAAUGUAUAA